GCGGAACAGCGCCGAUCAAUGCGAUGUUCCUUCCGCAGCUGACCUGAGUGUCCAGUAGCCAACAUGACGCGCUGUGUGCCAUGCGAGAGCAUUGCGUCCGUUGAUCUCCACGCUGCGUUCCUCUCGGCCUACUCGGACUACCUCGUGCGCUUCGACGUGGCGUUGGAGCAGUGGCCGACGCUGCUCGCGCGCCACGGCGUUGACCUCGCACUCAGCACGGCUCUGGUUGACGCCGACGGCCGCAUUCUUGCCUUUGCGCUGGCGUCCCAGCGGCCCGACGGAUCCAGAUUCCGCCGCCUCGCGUCGCUUGGCGUCGUCGUCGCCGCGCGGCGGGCCGGUCAUGGCGCACGCCUUCUCGAUGACUUUAUCGCACGCGCGACAGAGGACGGCUUGGGGACAGAGCUCGAGGUGUUUGCACAAAACGAAAAGGCGCUCCGGCUCUACGAAAGCCGAGGGCUCGCCGCUGUGAGCCCGCUCUUUGGCUACACUGCCGAGCCAAGCAAGGAAUCCGUGUGCACGCCCGAGACGGUCGACGUGUCAACGGCAUUUGCGUACCUCGAGAGUCUUCCGGUGGCGUCGGACUUGCCACUCCAAGUGCUUCCGAAAACGCUGCGUUCGUCUUCCGCGCCAUUACAGUGCUGGAAGCUCGGCGACGCGCUCCUGGUGUUUGCCGCCAAGGACGAUGCGACCGUACAAGUCGCGUGCCUCGUCGACCCGUCGCCAAGCCAGCAACAUGCGAGACUCCUCGCGCAGGAGCUUCGCCACCGAUUCGCCUACGCGACGUGCAGCGUGCCUCCGCUGCAGCGACUGGACGCCGGUGGCCUCGGGCUCGAGGAUGCCGGCUUUGAGCGGAUGCCGCUCCACCAACUGCUGCUUCGUCGUCCAUACCAGUCCACCGAGCCGUAGACAAUAUGUGUUUUACCUUUGUGCGAACGAAUUCACCUCUUUAGCCCAUCAAAGCGCCUCGCGCCGCUUGGCUCAGACCUGUAUCUUGGAGAUUGGCGUAAUGACGUUAAAUAGGCAACAUCAAAGGUUAAAUAGGUUAAAUGCAGUGCACUCCUUCACGCAUG